UCUCCAUGAUUCGCUCGCAUGAUUAGGCAUUACACAUAACAUUAUCCUCAACACAACCCUUUUUCUUCUUCUUCUUCUUCUUCUUCUUCUUGGUGGUUUCUUUGAUCCGAAUACCGUCAAUAGCACUCACAUACAGCGAAUUGUGAACCAGUAGUUGAAGAGUUUCUUGAAAGAACCACGAACUGAUCCAUGGCAGACGAGGACAUAUAUGUAAAAGAUGGGACAGUCGAUAUCCGCAAGGAUCCAGCCAACAAGAAGAAGACCGGAAAUUGGAAAGCAUGCCGCUUCAUUCUUGGCAAUGAAUGUUGUGAAAGACUGGCCUACUAUGGUAUGAGUACGAACCUGGUGAACUAUCUUCAACAACGGUUUGGCCAAGGUAAUGCAACUGCUGCAAAUAAUGUCACGACCUGGUCAGGGACAUGCUACAUCACACCGUUGCUUGGAGCCUUUGUAGCUGAUGCAUACCUGGGAAGAUACUGGACAAUUGCUUCUUUCUCAACUAUCUACGUCAUUGGAAUGACACUCUUAACAUUGUCAGCAGCUGCUCCUGGGCUAAAGCCAUCAUGUGAUUCUGGCGGUUGCCAUCCAUCGACGCAGCAAACGGCAGCUUGCUUUAUAGCACUUUACUUGAUUGCUCUUGGGACUGGUGGUAUCAAGCCAUGUGUGUCAUCUUUUGGUGCAGAUCAGUUUGAUGAAAAUGAUGAGCAAGAGAAGAAAAGGAAGAGUUCUUUCUUCAACUGGUUUUACUUUUCAAUCAACAUUGGCGCACUUUUUGCUUCCUCUUUGCUGGUUUGGAUUCAAAUGAACGUUGGCUGGGGAUGGGGUUUUGGAGUCCCAGCAGUUGCAAUGGUCAUUGCAAUUAUAUCUUUCUUUUGUGGCAGUCGGCUGUACAGACUUCAGUUACCGGGGGGGAGUCCCCUUACAAGGAUUUGUCAAGUUAUCGUUGCAGCUUGCAGAAAAUGUAGAGUGCAAGUGCCAGCUGAUAAGGCCCUUCUGUAUGAAACUGAAGAUCCAGAGUCUAACAUCAAAGGAAGCCGUAAGCUUGACUAUACAGACAACAUUAAGUUUUUGGAUAAGGCCGCAGUACAGACUGAAUCUGAUAAGAUGGGAUCACCAAGUCCAUGGAGGGUCUGUACAGUUACACAAGUACAAGAGCUGAAGGCUAUAAUUCGCUUGUUGCCAGUAUGGGCAUUACUGAUCAUCUUUGCAACUGUAUACAGCCAGAUGAAUACCAUGUUUAUUUUACAAGGCAACACAAUGGAUCAACAUAUUGGUCCUAACUUCAAAAUCCCAUCAGCGUCCCUAUCCCUUUUUGACACUCUCAGUGUCAUAUUCUGGGCUCCAGUAUACGACCUCAUCAUUGUCCCUUAUGCAAGGAAGUUCACUGGCCACGAGAGAGGAUUCACACAGCUUCAAAGAAUGGGCAUAGGGCUUGUCAUUUCCACUUUCUCCAUGAUUGUUGCUGGCAUUUUAGAGGUUGUUCGUCUCAACAUGGUUCGUAGAAACAACUACUACGAUGUCGAGUUCCUCCCCUUGUCCAUCUUCUGGCAAGUUCCACAGUAUUUUCUGGUUGGAUGUGCUGAAGUGUUUGUUAACAUUGGUCAGCUGGAGUUUUUCUACAGUGAAGCGCCUGAUGCCAUGAGGAGCUUGUGCUCAGCUCUGUCACUCACAACUAAUGCUUUAGGCAAUUAUUUGAGCACUUUGCUUGUUACUAUAGUGACUAAAGUGACCACAAGGCAUGGCAAACUUGGUUGGAUUCCAGAUAAUCUUAACAGGGGUCAUCUUGAUUAUUUCUAUUGGCUCUUGGCUAUUCUUAGCCUGCUUGAUUUCCUUGUGUUUAUCUGGGUCGCAAAGAGGUAUACAUACAAGAAGACUACUGGAUCUGCCUGUUGAUGCAUUGGCAACUCUAAAGGGCUUCAACCUAAGUCCUUCUGCUAAUUAUUCAUUCCUUGCAUUACUAGGAAACUUAACUGCAAUGCCUUCUUCAACAUCAGUGACUUUGUUUGGGUCAAGAAUUAUUGUUAGUUGCAUUAUGGUCAUACAUUUGGAUCUGUAUAUAUUUUAUUUGAGUUGUUUUAAUUAUGAUUAUUUAAGAUUGCUUCCA